CCUUGAGUUCCGUGUUUUCCCCUUAGCUUUAAAUGCACUGCAGUUGAACAAGGACCACCAAGCACACCAUGGACGACAUGGGAGGAAAAAAAACAAGGUGGCCAUGGUGGUGUAUAACAUCCCAAGGGAAGCUCCACAAAGUAGAUAAGAAGAGGGAGAAGUGACGCCCAUGUCGCCUUCGACCAUCAGCAACAUUUAGUUCAGCGUUUUAUAGUCUAGAUCUAGUAGAGACCGCGCGCACAGAGGACUCCGACUUUCUAUCAUACUUCAUUGGUGAUUUCAGGGUUUUAGAAUUUGAAUUUAUUUUCUUCUUUAAUACAUCCAAUGUCUAUAUUUCAAAAUACCGUACGCUGUCAUGGCGUCAGUGUAUGUUGGGGGCCUACCGAGUGACGUCACAGAACAAGACUUGUAUCAAAAGUUUUCCCAGCUUGGAACUGUUCUCAAUGUCAAGGUGUGUUCAGAAUCUGAAUGUCCGAACUCCCAAUGUUAUGGAUAUGUGUUUUAUCAAGACCCAGAUAAUGCGGAAAAGGCGGUGGAAAUGCUUCAAAAUGACGUCAUUCAUGAUCAACCAAUCCGCGUCUUAUUGGCAGACGACCAAGGUCCUCAACACACCGAAAACAACCCUAGCCACGGACACAUCUUGGAAGGCAACGUAUUCGUGAAAAAUUUAGACCGAAGUGUAGACUCGGGCAUUCUCUACAAAACUUUUUCUUCAUAUGGCAAAAUUUUAUCCUGCAAAGUACCUCACCGAAAGAAAGGCUCAAAAUGUCAUGGCUUUGUCCAAUUUGAAUCGAAAGUAGCUGCCAACUCCGCAAUCAACGACAUGAAUGGCUCGAUGUUUUAUGGCAAGAAAUUGUACGUUGGUCAUUUCCUGAACCGAGACCAGCGAGAACCGCCCACCGAAUCCCUGCCGGUCACCGGAAACACGUCAUCGAGUCUGCGCACCGUGUACAUCAAAAACCUGGGCCCUUACGUUGACUCUGUUUUCCUUAAGAUCACGUGUUCGCCGUACGGCGACAUUUCUAAUGUGAAGAUUAUCCGUGACACUGACGGUACAUCCAAAGGUUUUGCUUUUGUUACAUUCAAGAAAGUUGAAGAUGCUGUGAAGGCAAUCGAAAUGUUAAAUGGCAAGGAGAUUGAUGGACGUGUUCUCUUUGCGGGGCCGGCCAUUAAAAAAUCUGGUCGAAAGAACCAACAGCAGGCUCAGCCAAAACCCCAGAAGCAGAGAAGCUUUACCAGCGACAACAGUGGCAAUGUUUCCGAACACGUCAAUAUGUUUGAAUUCACGCCAACUGGCAUUCAACACAGGAAUCUACAUUCAGACAUCCUUUUUCACUCUGACAGAGCGAACAGUAUUAUGCCAGCAAUGCCCGACCAAAGACAGUUUAAGCCUCAACAGUUUUGCCCAAACGCCCUGCCUACUACGUUGGAUUCCCUUUUAGGUGUGCAGUUGCCUAAUCUAGUAGCUUGCUAUCAGGCUUUUUCUGAAGCUAACUCAGAACUGAUGUUACCGCAAAUCUCACAGCCUAAUGUAUUUGUCUGUCCGGCACUAGUUAUGGAGUCAGUUAAUACUUUAGGGGAGACAUCUGCAUGUGCCGAUGAAAACCAUGAAACACUGUUAGCUCAAAUCGAGCAUCAGGAACAGAGUAAUCUCAAUCCUCAGUUGUCUUUAGAACAGAACAUUCAGAUCCCUACAGACCAGCAACAGCUUCACAUUGGCCAUAUUCUGCAUCCAAACGAUCCACAGCUGAGCCAAGACAAUCCUUUGCAAGAGAUUCAGACUUCCUUGGACUCACGUCAGGAAAUUCACCAGCUAACAUCAGCAGAUGCAUCGAGCGCUUUGACAGCCACACAAGGAGUUAAUCUCUAUGUGAAACACCUGGACGACGAUGUGGACGAUGCCGUCUUGAAAGGAAUGUUUUCCAAGUUUGGCGAAGUUAUCAGUGCUAAGGUUAUGAUGGAAGGCGAAAAGUCUAGAGGCUUUGGAUUUGUUUGCUUCGCAAGAGCAGAAGAUGCCGCUCGCGCUACACGAGACAUGCGCAGAAAAGUGGAUGACGUAAACCGGAAGCCCCUCUAUGUCGCUCCAGCUCAGAGAAAAGAGGAGCGGCAAGCGUUCUUCCGAGAGAAGCUCAAAUCCAGACAAAAUGAGUUCCACCAGUUCGAUGUAGAAACAGUCCAAAAAUGUUUGAAUAUAAUAGAUAAACCCAAGGAGUUGUCUGCUCCGACCUUAACCAUGGGUAAUACAAUUUCGGUCAAAUUCCCUGUCGCAGACAAUUCAAAAUCAGCCCUCACUAAAGAUCUUACAGAGCCAAAACUUCCAAACUGUUUCUGGGCCAGUCAGUCUUCUGAAAAUGAGCCUAAAGUAUGUCCUUGCUAUCACAGCAACAAAUUUCACGGCGUAUUUCGGUCACCUCCGAAACGCAGCAAUUUUUAUAAUUUUGAAUGUUUCAACGUGGAAAACCUGCGCACUCCAUUGAUUAAGCCUACUAGGUUGUCAAACUUGACUGAGGAGAGGAACUUCCAAGACCCAGAACCUUGGUCCCCUGUUCGCUUGGGAAGGCAGAACGACUAUGAGCCCACGAGCCUACUCAGUGGUAUAGAUGCUAUUCUUUCACCAAAGCUGCAGAAAAAACGGCCACUUGAAAUGUUAGAUGUUCCAAACACUUCUAGCUCAUUUUGGACCUUCAACCAAUCCGAAAGUGUCCGCUUACAUGAAACCCAAGACGGUCUCAAAGUUUUAGGCCCUAUUGGUUGCAAGCCCCAAACCUUUCAUGACAACAUCUCCAGAAACAAUGGGGACAAACUUCGGUCGAAUCAUAAUCCCGUCUUUCGGGCACGAUCUUAUAGUAAGCUAGCCCCAGUGUCUUCAGACACAAACAAGAUUUUCAACGCUUCCUCGCAGAAUGAGACCAAAUCUUAUCUUUUGGAUAACGUGUUCUACUUCUCUAGAACUUCAGAUAACGACCAGGAGGAUUUUGUAGUAAAGAAAGUCAUUCCAGACUCUGAACCACUAAACAGCUUCCCUUCCGAUCCCAAAUACCGGCCUCUAAGAGGAAUAAAUGCAAAGCCUAUACAUGAAUUAUCAAGUAAAAUUAUUUCUGCAGAGAAAUAUAGCUCAGUAAUCUCAGAAAAUAACUUGUUCAAAUUAUCUGACCAGGAAACAUCUAUCAAACGUAGUAGGUUAUUAAGUGAAGUUCUUCCAGAACCUGUAAGAAGCCUACGUUUCAGGGCAUCCAGCUUCACCGAGGAUAUUCACGUGCGCAGGGUCUCUGUCCACCUGAACGAGCGGAGGGAUACGGCUUACGAUAGUGAGGAUGAAGAGUAUUGGAGAACCAGAAAACGUGUUCCGUCUCCGCUUAUCGAAAACGAGGCAGAAUCUAGUCCAGAGGACAUUCAGCCAACAGGCAAAAGCUUCAACUUUGAAUGUGACGAAGAAAGUCAUGUUGACCUUGGGGUCAUGUCAGACUUGAACGUGGAACAGCAGAAGAGGGCCCUGCAACAACCACUCCAAGCAAAACUAACCAAUGUUCUGGCAAAGAUCCUAAGCGCACCUGAUAAUAUAGAUAUGUGGCAUCAAGAUAUAACUCUAACUAUUCAAGAACUGCACAGAAAAAACUGGCACGUCAACUCGUUGACCGAUAAAAUUUUGAACAUGGCGCUGGAAAUGGACGUGGGCGAGAUUCUGAAUCUCUUGCAGUCUAAGGAACAUUUGGUUUAUUUGGUCUCCGAAGGGUUGAAACAAAUAGAAAACUGUGACGACUCAAACAGCUGUCAGCCUCAGGAAGAUGCCCCAUUAUGUCUUGGCGAGAGUCAGCUCGAGAUUCAACCCAGUGGAGACUUACACGGGUCAAAAACAUCCAGACAGGAAACUUAGAGAUAGUUCAAAGUUCUACGACAUUCUCCAAGCAUAUAAAGAUUCCUUCCCUAUAUUGUAUACAUUAAUGGACUAAAUAUUGAUAGGUUAUAUACAUGUGCUUAGUAUAGGCGACUUCCAGAAAUUAUGUUAGAAUUACAAUUUAGUGUAAGACAAUAUCUUACUACAAAAAAAAUUUAAUGAACAAAAAAAAAAUAAUUUCUAAGGCCCUCUAAUGUCAUUUUCCUCCCAUUAACCCCAAAUGAAUCACACUUAAUAGGGAAA